AUGGCUUCCUCCGAGUCAAAUGAACCCUUUGUUGGGCUUGACCUCCGGCCGCUCCCACAUUUAGUGCUCGAAGAUAUCAAUGUAGCUAUCGACAUCAUUGACGUCGUCAAAAUUGCUUGCCAAGCCAGCAAAGCUGUCUUGGACGUGUACAACUUAUCAAGCCACGAAUGGAGCAUCGAAUUCAAGGACGGCAAGGAGCCUCUGACAAAAGCUGACUUGCAAGCGAACCAGGUCAUCUGUGCGGGCCUGACACAGUUGUACGGGACUGCCAUUCCAGUUAUCAGCGAGGAAAACAAAAACGCGUGCUGGAAGGAAAGAAGCCAAUAUACGUAUUUCUGGAUUAUUGACCCCCUUGACGGUACAAAAGAGUUUAUCAAACGCAACGGGCAGUUUACGGUCAAUGUAGGCUUGUGCCGAGGAAGCGAACCGAUUCUCGGAGUCGUCACAGUUCCCACUCAAGGCGACGUGUUUCUUGGUGCGGCGGGCGUGGGAUCUUUCAAACUGGUGCCGGGAAAACCUCGUCAGAGUCUCCAGACCGCGUCCUUCUCAGCAGCGGAUCCUGAGCUCAGAGUUGUGGCAUCAUCAUCGCACAACUCCCCAGACACUCUUGCCUUCAUUGAAAAACUGACUCAGCCGCGAGUUGUCCAGUACGGAUCGUCCCUGAAGAUCUUGAUGCUCGCGGACGGGCAGGCGGACCUGUACCCCCGUUUCGCAUUGUGCAGUGAGUGGGAUACCUGCGCUGCUCACGCGGUCUUAUUAUUCGCCGGCGGCGAAAUUUAUCAAGUUCAAAAGGACGCCAAUGGAAUGUACGUGUCGAGAGAGACUCUCCGAUACCACAAGGAGAGUCUCUUGAAUCCGUUUUUCGUUGCACUGAGAAAUAAGGAUGCCAGCAGUUCUCUCUUCUCCCUCUGCGGGAGAGAGCGAUCAAUAGAAGAGGGCAAGGCAGCGGCUGUCUCAGCGUCAGCUUGA